CACGUGAAAGUUAUGCGUUCUUUGUGCAAUGUGAUGUUAGUUUUAGAAUUUGCACAGCUGAUAGCAGAACACGGAUAUAAAUGCGUAGUCUGGAGUUUUGUUACCCUUAAAUUUGAAUAUGAAUUUUAAUUUUAGGUUAUAUCUGUUGAUACAAAACACGUGAAAAAAGUAGUUCUUUGUGCAAUGUAACGGUAGUUUUAGAAUUUGCACAGCUGAUGGCAGAGCACAGAGAUGAAUGUUGGAACCUGAAAUGUACCGCAAACAGGGUGGCGGAAACGGCGGUCGCCGCGUCAAAUUCAAGCAGGGUCGUUUUGGUCAUAAAUCAGACUAUCAAAAGAAAGACUGGAGCGAAACGAUACGAGCGCACCUCGAGGAAGAGGAUAUCGACAUGGGUGGCGCCGCCGGGGUCGGUACCGCGUACCGCAACAAUAAAAAAUUUGGUAAAGGCGGUGGCCGUAACAAAGGUGGCAGAAGGAGCGGUUCGCCGGUGCCAAUGCGUCGGAAACUCGUCGAAGGUGCUACCAGCUGGUACAGGGUGUCGGUGAAUUACGGUGACAAAUACGAAAAGUCGUUUUUGCAAAAACUGUUCUUGGAUAACCUUAAUCCCUUGCCCUUCAUACCCAUUCAGUGGACAACAAUAGGCCACAAUGUGGUGUUUUUCGUUGAAGGCUAUAAAGUGGCAGAAAAAAUCCUCAGUCUAGAUAGACAGCUGCAGCUGCCGGACGGUUUCAAGCUGUUUGUGCGCGUCCAGCCGGGCUCGCCAAAUGUAGACGUAACGCCCACCAUGAAGGAAAAAAUGAAACUGGCGAUGGGUAAACGGUACGAUAGUAAUAUGAAAUCGCUCAAUCUCUCCGCCUUCCACACCGAUCCGGAUCUGCAGGAUAUGUUCUGCGCACUGUUUAAGCCAAUUGUUUUUAUUGCGGUGCUGGACAUCAUCGUCGAGAACAUUCCGCAAUUGGAAGCACUCAAUUUAGACGACAACAAGAUUUGUAUAUUGUCGUUUAUGAAGAAAAUCGUCAAGAGUUUGCCCAACCUAUCUGUCUUACACAUGAGAGGAAACAAAAUACGUGAUAUUGCACAUCUAGAUCCAUUGAUAGGAUUGCCAAUAGUCGACCUAGUACUAGAAGGUAAUCCUGUUUGUGACAAAUUCAAGGACAGGACUUCAUAUAUAAGUGAAGUGAGAAAGAGAUUCCCCAAGGUCCUCAAAUUGGAUGGAGUGGACCUCGAACCACCAAUCAGUUUUGAUAUUCAGGAUGAAAUCAAAAUCCCCCCAAGCAAGCAAACUUUCUUAUGCAACACCGAGGGCGAAGCCAUCGUUCGCCAGUUCUUAGCUCAGUACUACCAAUUGUAUGAUUCGGAAAAUCGGGAACCUCUUAUGCAGGCUUACCAUGAGGAAGCGACGCUUUCAAUUACUAUGGCUUAUCCAUAUGGAUACAAUAAAGACAAGGAUAAGGCGUGGUUGAACUGGUAUAAUACAGAUAACAGAAAUAUCAUGAAAGUAGACGACAGAGAUAGACGAUUCAAGUUGCUAAAACAGGGCAAACAAGCUGUGUGCACGUUCUUAAAUGAAAUGCCAAAAACGAAACAUGAUAUUCACAGCUUUACCGUAGAUCUUACUCUAUUCACACCUGUCAUGUUAAGUUUGACAGUAACCGGUAUGUUUAAAGAACUGAAAAGUGGACACAAGAUUCCACCACUGAGACAUUUCUUUAGAACUAUGGUAAUAGUUCCAGCAGGUGGAGGUUUCUGCAUUAUUAAUGACGAAUUACAUGUGACGAAUGCUACUCAGGAACAGGCUAAGAAAGCUUUUAAACUGCCAGACGUGCCUGCUGUCACUGCUAAUCCAGUAGAUGCUCCAGCUCCUCAAGUACCAUUACAACCCAGCGACGAUUUGAAACAACAGAUGAUAUCUCGACUUUGCCAAGAAACCAGGAUGAAUCCUGAAUGGUCCAUGAAGUGUUUGAUGGAAACCAACUGGAAUGAAGUAACAGCGUUAGCAGCCUUUAGGGAACUACAUAUCCGCAACGCGGUGCCCCCGGAAGCAUUUAUUGUGCCUACAUAAUAGUAUUCCUAACAUUUUAAGUUGUACUGUUAAUUCAAAAAUUGUUAUUAAUCUUUAUAAUACAUUCAAAAUUAAUUGUUUAAAUUUUUAACUGAGGUAUCUUAUGUACAUUAGAAAUUAAUAACCUCAGUGUAUCCUCUUAGAAUUGAAUAUUAUAAAAAUGCUAAAUAACUUUUGUAAAUAUUUUUUUAAUAUAAAGAUGUACAUAAUACU